AUGACCCCUCCGGCCGCCGUCUCGCCCCCCCAGCACAUGGCCAUGCCAUCGUCCAAGUUGGCUGUCGCCGGGACCAAGUCCCAGACCAUUGAGGACAUGCUCGGCCGCUGGGACGAUUUCCGCUUCGCCCCCAUCCGUGAGAGCCAGGUCUCGCGGGCCAUGACCCGCCGCUACUUUGCCGACCUCGACCGCUACGCCGAGUCGGACAUUGUCAUUAUUGGCGCCGGCUCCUGCGGCCUCAGCGCUGCCUACGUCCUCGGCAAGAAACGCCCGGACCUCAAGAUCGCCAUCAUCGAGGCCUCGGUCUCGCCCGGCGGUGGUGCUUGGCUUGGCGGCCAGCUCUUUUCCGCCAUGGUCAUGCGCAAGCCCGCCGACGCCUUCCUGCGCGAGGUUGGCGUCCCCUUCGAGGACGAGGGCAACUAUGUCGUCGUCAAGCACGCCGCCCUCUUCACCUCGACCAUCAUGUCCAAGGUGCUCCAGCUGCCCAACGUCAAGCUCUUCAACGCCACCUGCGUCGAGGACCUCAUCACCCGCCCUUCCGAUGAGGGCGUCCGCAUCUCCGGCGUCGUCACCAACUGGACCCUCGUGGCCAUGCACCACGAUGACCAGUCCUGCAUGGACCCCAACACUAUCAACGCGCCGCUCGUCAUCUCCACCACCGGCCACGACGGCCCUAUGGGUGCCUUUUCUGUCAAGCGCCUCGUGAGCAUGGAGGUUAUCGAGAAGCUGGGCGGCAUGCGGGGCCUCGACAUGAACACGGCCGAGGACGCCAUCGUCAAGAACACUCGCGAGAUUGUUCCGGGUCUCAUUGUCGGCGGCAUGGAGCUGUCCGAGGUCGAUGGUGCCAAUCGCAUGGGCCCGACAUUUGGCGCUAUGGUCCUUAGCGGCCUCAAGGCAGCCGAGGAGGCUCUCGGUGUGUUUGACUUGCGUUGCAAGCAGAAUGCUCAAUGA